UGACAGUUGCUUCAGGCAACCCUGGGGAGGACAGGGUCGGGGGUAAAAAUCACCGGCGAGGGCCUGAGCUAGAAGGGGCAUGGAGGGGAAUCGCAGUGCCGAGUGCGACAGGGCGUCUGAGACCUCAUCCUUCGUAGAGGAUGAUGAAGAAGAAGAGGAAGAAGAGGAGGAGGAGGAGGACGAGGACGAGGAAGAUGUAGACCCAGAGGAAGCAGAGGAGCUGACUAACAGUUUAAAAGAUGUUAUCCAAAAUGAAGAUGUGAAACCCAAGCUGCAGUACAUCAUGACUAACCCUUCCUUUUCUAUGGUAACAGUUCAAAGUGAAGACAGUGGGAUAACCUGGGAAACUAGCUCAAGCAGAUGUUCUACUCCCUGGGCCUCAGAAACUAGUAUGACUUCUGACCUUUACAGUAUGGAAAGUUCACCGGUAGGUUCUCCUCCAGGAAAAGUUAUCUUUAUUAUGGAUGAAGGUAAGAUUGUUCGGAAAAGGAAGCGCAAAUCUUCAAAUAGGGUGCCAAUGGCUACAAGACUGAAGGGAGGCCUGGGCAGUAAAAAACGUGACUCUUCUGGAAGGCAGAGGCAGGAACCAAGAACUGUCCUAGGAGAUGUGCAGGCAACAGUGUUAAAUGUUGAACAGAUGGAAGUACAAGACACAGAUGAGGAAAUGUUGGAUGACGAAGAAGAUCUAGAGAACAUUGCAGAAGAGCCAGUAAAACGUGCUCCGAUAAGGUCAAUAUUUAGAGAGAGCAGACUGAGAAAAGUAGGGCCGAUCCUUGGAGGACCAGUACAAGCUAGAAUCCAGCUGUUCAACUCAAUUUUUGGAGGGACUGAGCCAGCCCCUGAAACAUCGGAGAAAACCAGAAUUCAGAGAAGUAACUCAGUUUCAGGGGAUUCUGAACAGUUCCUUGAAACAUCAGUAAAAGAAAGAUUGCAGAUGUUCAGUUCACUUUCAGAAGCAACACAUCCAAAGCCUUUCCAGACAGCAAGAAGUAGAAAUCUUCAAACACCAUCAGAGAGAAGAAGGGAGCAAAGACAACAAUCCACAGCACAAGCAAAUCAAAGCUAUUCUUCACCAACAAGACCUCUUGAAAACUGGCUUACUAAUAAAGGUGGUAUUUCAUCUGAAAAUAUUAAACCCAUUAAAACGAAAGAUAAACCAAGCAGAUUUUCACACUUUGGUGCAGAAACAACUCUUCAGCAUGAAGAAAGAAAAGACAGACAAUCCUUUUUGGAGGCUCCAGAUCAGGUACCAGGACACUCACUGAAGUCCUGCCCUCCUGAAGAAGGCAGGAAACAGCAAAGUUAUUCACCUGCAGACAAAAUGUUAAUAACAGAGCAAACAACCUCUGUUUCAUUAGAGUCUGAUGAUAAAUCAGAGAAACAAGCACCACUGCUCUCAGCUGAAAAUGCAAACAAGAAAACAGACCAAUCCCUGCUGACAGCAUCAGAUCAUCUGGAAGAACCAGAGGAGCAGGAAAUUCAGCCCAGUGCUGCAUCACAGUCUGUUUCAGCAGAUCUUGUUAAUGAGUUAGAAAGACAAGGUACCCAAAGUACUUUGCCUAUAGCAUCCAUGUCGGAUCAUCCUGGGAGGGAAGCACAGAAGUCAGCUGUUCAGUCUUACUUACCUAGUGCUCCAUCAGCUAAAUCCAAAUAUUCCACUCUUUCUGAAACAAGGCAGGAGGAUAUUAUUCCUCAGUCAUCAGGAACUGCACAGGCUGAGUCUGAAUAUAUGCUUUUACCACACUCUGAAGAUGAAACAGAGAAGCAAGAAACUGAAUGUCAGCCACCAGUAACUGCACUGCCAGAAAGUGAGCCUUCAGGUCUGUUGUAUUCUUCCAAAAAAAAAGAGGAUCAAAAGAUCCCACCACUUGAAAUCCAAAAUGUUCACUUAGAGAAGCAAACAAAGUCCAAACAAGACUUUUCCUCCUCCCUUCAGGAAACAGAGGAGCAAGGGAUUGCACUAAAUACACCUAUUUCUGAAAAAAUAGAUUCUAAAUAUCUUGGAGUUUCAUACCCUACCCACACAGAAACAGAAGAAACUGAGAAAACUCCAGCUACAAAUAAAGCAGUAGAUUUGGAUCACCCUGAUUUUCCCAUUGAAACAAACGAACAAGCAGAGGGUGUGCAAAUGGAGAUGGAGCAUCCAGAUUUCUCAUAUCCCAGCAAAGAAAUCAGAGAAUCAGAGAGAACACAGAUGGAAACAGAGCAUCUGGGCUUCUCUUUUUCCAAGGAAGAAACAGAGGAAUUGGAGGGUGCACAAAUCGAGAUGGAGCAUCCAGACUUUUCUUUUUCCAGGGAAGAAAUGGAGGAACCCAAAAGUGCACAACUGGAGAUGGAACAUCCAGCUUUCUCUUAUGCCAGGGAAGAAAUGGAAGAAUUGGAGAGUGCACAAUUGGAGACCAAGCAUACAGAUUUCUUAUAUUCCAGAGAAGAAGCAGUGGAAUCGGAGAGUGCAGAACUGGAGGCAGAAUAUCCAGAAUUGCUUUUUUCUAUGAAAGAAACAGAGGAACUGGAAAGUGCUCAACUGGAGACAAAGUGGUCCGAUUUCUCAUAUUCCAUAAAAGAAACAGAGGAAUCAGAAAGUUCACAACUUGAGAAAGAGCGUCCAGACUUUUUUCCCAAGAAAGAAACAGAAGAAUCAGAAAGUGUACAGCUGAAGAUGGAGCACCCAGAUUUCUCAUAUUCUGGAGAAGAAAUGGUGGAAUCAGAGAGUGCACAGCUGCAGACAGAGUAUCCAGACUUUUCUUUUUCCAGGGAAGAAAUGGAGGAAUCAGAAAGUGUACAGCUGGAGACAGAGCAUCCAGAUUUCUCAUAUUCCAGAGAAGAAAUGGUGGAAUCAGAGAGUGCACAGCUGGAGACAGAGUAUCCAGACUUUUCUUUUUCCAGGGAAGAAGUGGAAGGUGCACAGCUGGAAAUGGAACAUGAAGGGUUUUCACUUUCCAGGGAAGAAACAAAAAAACAAACACGUGUUCCUUUUGAACUGGAACAACCAGAGUCUUAUUCCCCUGAAGAAGCAGAGCAAGAAAAAACAGCACCGCUUGCACCAGUACCGUCAGAUUUAUCGUGUUUGAUGGAAAAAGCAGAGAAAGAAAACACCACUGAAUUCCAAUGGUCAGUACAUCCAGAUAUAUUUGAUUCCAUGAGAAGAGCUGAAACAGAGCAAACUGGAUAUCAGGAAACAGCACAUUCAGAUUUACUCUAUAACAUGAAUAAAACAAAGCAGCAAAAAUUGGCACAAACAGAUUUGGACAAUUCUCUUAUGUCAGAUUUUAGUGACAAAGGACAACAGCUGCAGCCUGUACAGCAGCAUUCACAACCUGGAGACAAGUUGUAUUCCUGUCCCAAGGGAGUACAAGGAGAAACUACUCCACUGCAGUCAGAGCAUCCAGUUUUGUCAUAUUCUACUGGAGAAGAACAGCAACAUAAAUUCUCACAGCUGAGGGCAGAACAGCCAGAGACAUUGAAUCGCACUGGCAAAACAGAGCAACAGAAAGUAUUGCAACCAAAGCUGGAACAAGCAGAUUCACCAUAUUCCCAGGGAGAAACAGCACAAGAAGCUGUACAAGGAGACUUAGAAGGUCCAGAGCCAUCAUGUUUCGUUAGUGAGGCAGAGCAACGUGAAAAUGUACAACCAGCUUCAGAAAAUAGGGAUUUCUCAUUUACCACUGGAGAAGUAAUGCAAAAAGGAGUGGAGUCAGGAUCUUUAGGGUCCCUACAUUUGAUUGACAGAGCAAAGCCCUGGGAAAUGUCACAAACAGAGCAAGAGCAGUCACUUGACUCCUGUUCCGCUGCUGGUAGUCAUCAACAAGAAGCACCACCACUGGAUAUGGUGCAGCCAGAUAGAUCAUAUUCUUUUGGCAGAAUGGAACAACAAGAUAUAGUAGAAAGAGAGAUGGAACAGCAGGAAACAGCCCAACAAAAAGCUAAGCAAACGGGAAUGGUGUGUUCAGAUUUGUCAGAAACCUGGGAGAAAGAAGAGCCACUGGUCACAGACCAAAUUAAUUUGGUACAUCAAGAAAUAGCUCAGCCAGAGCUGGUGCAUCCGUCUUUGCCGUAUUCUUUCAGUGAACAAAUGCAAGAAGAAAUGCAAACAGAGCCAGCAUAUCCAGAACAGACAUUUUAUGUAAGUACAGAAAUGCAGGAGGAAAUGACACACCGCAAAUCAGAACAAGCAUUUCUUUCAUGUUUUACUAGCAAAACAGAACAACAAGAAAUAAUACACCCAAAACAGGAGCAAAUAUUUUUACCAUCUUCCACUGGAAAAGAAGCUCCACUGGAAAAGGAAAUGAGUUCAGAAUAUCCAGAUACUUCGUAUUUCCUUCAUGAAACUGAACAACAAAAAAAGAUGAAACAUCCAACCUUACCACUGAUGAAACAUCCAACCUUACCACUGACGAAACGACCAGAUUUUUCAUGUGACAGUGGUGAAACAAAACCAGGUGACAUCAUAGAGCAGGAGUCAGGACAUCCAGAGCUUUCAUACUCCAUGGGAGAAACACAACAACAAUUAGAACAUUUGGACUCAUCAGGAAACCUGGAUGAAGCAGUACAAGAUGAAAGUAUGGAAGUAGAAUCUAAAUGCCCAGAUUUAUCUGAUGUCCAAAGAAACCAGCAACAAACUUCACAAUUAGAUUCAAAAUAUCCAGAUUCAUCAUUUACGUUUGGUAAAGCCAAAGAACAAGCAACUCAAGACUUUGAAUCUAAAUAUCAAGAAUUGCCUAAAGUGGCCCAAAAAAGACCUUCUGCAGCACAAAUAGAGUCAAAACAUCCAGAUUUGACAUAUUGCCCUGGCAAAGCAAAUGAGCCGGAAACUGCAACAUGGGAAAUGAAACAUCCUGAUUUGUCACAUUCCACUGAGACAAACUACCAAGAAGUGGUAGUGUUGGAUAAGAAACACAGAAAAGUUUCUGUUGGCAGAGAAAAUCAGCAGCAAACCACAAAACAGCAGAUAGAGCAAGAAAAGUUAUCACUUUCUCCUGGUAAGACAGAGCAAUUUAAACAUGCCCAGGAGGACUUGGAACAACCAGAUUUAUCAUUUUCCUUUCACAGGCCAGAUGAUGAAAUGGCACCACCAGAGGCAGAGCACACUGAUGUGAUAUAUCCUCUGGAGAACACAGAGGUGCAACAAAGAGUGCAACAAGAAACAGAGCAAACUUACCCCUUUGGAAAAGCAGAACAAAAAACAGUUCAGUGGGAAGUGGAAAUUCCAGAUUUGGCCCAUUCUGUGGGUAUAGCAGCAGCAGCAGAAGAAACGGCAGAACCAUGGCAGAGACAUUCUGACUUGCCUUAUUCUGAUUUGAAAGUAGGAGGACUGCAAAGUGAAAAGCUGAAACCUGAACACCCUGGCCUAGCAUGUUCCCUGGACAAAGUGCAGGAAAUGAACAAGCAGAAGUUGGAACAGUCAGGUGCCUUGGAUGUUCAUGACAAAACAGAGCAAAUCCCACCUGCCCAGCUGGAGCUGGGCCACGCACACGUGGCAUCCCCUGCCAACAAAGUGGGGCAGCGAGGAAUGCAGCACUCAGCCUCAGGGUGCCCAAGUGAGGAACAGUCUGCCAGCAGAGCACGACAUCCACAAGCUGCAGAAGAGAAACUAGGAGCUCUGGAGGCAUCAUCUCAUGGUGGAAAAGCAGAGGAAAGAGAAAUGACAAAGCCAGAGCCAAAACAUCCUGAUUUGUCAUAUUCCAUUGAUAAAACACAAACAGAAGAAACCACACGACUGGUGUUAGGAAAAUCAGGUCUACCAAGUUGGCCUGGCAGAACAGAGCAAGCACAAACUGCACAAGAGGAGCAGCCAGGCUUCUUGCUUUCUUCCAAAAAAGCUGCGCAAGGUAAGAAAGCACAGCCAGGACUGGGACACUCACAGUUACCUCAUUCUGUUAGUGAAGCAGAACAAGAAGCUGCACUUGCAAAAUCAAGCUGUUCAGAUUUAACUGCUGGCAGAUCAGAACGCCGUGAAGUCAUACAACCAGAGACAGAAAUAAUGGAUUUAUCAAGUUCAACUGGUAAAACACAGCAACCUCAGAUUGCUGAAGUGGAUUUGGUUUAUCCAGAUUUAUUGCAUUCCAGUGGCAAAGUACAACAACAGGAAAAGUUUCCACCAGAGCAGGAACAACCAGGUGAUUUCUCAUCAUCUCUCAGCAAAGAAGAGCAAUGGGAAGGUGUAGGAAUGCAGACAGAACACCCUGAGCUGCAGUGCUCUAUGGGGAAAACAGAAGGAUUGCAAAAUUCACAAGCAAAAUCAGAGUAUGCAAAUUUGUCAUUCCCUGUUGACACUGCAGAAACUCGUAAAACAACACAAGCGAAAUUGAAAGAAGACAAUUUGUUGCAUAUGUCUGUUGAAACAAAGCCAUCAUGGCCUGCCCCACUGGAGUCUGAACAUCCAGAUGUCUCGGAUGCUAUGGGCAAAGUACUGCACCCUGGUGUGUCCUGUGCUUUUAGUGAAGAAAAAACAAGUGCACAUCUGGAGGUCAAACAGGAGAGGGGAAGCUAUACAUUACACCCAGAGGAAAUAGUACACCUGAAACUGGAGCAGACAAUGUUUUCAAGUUCUCAUGGCACAGCAGAGCAACCACAUAGGGCCACACUGGAAGGGGAAUUCCCAGAUUUCCUCUAUUCCUCUGGCAAAAAAGAGCAACAAGAAAUGGCAAAACUAGAGUCAGAACAUUCAGAUUUAUCAUACUCCACUGAUGAGACACAACAACAAGAAACCACAAAACUUGGGUUAGGACUACCAGAAUUAUCUUGUCCUGAGGAGACAGAGCAACCACAAAUUGCUCAAGUGGAAGCAGAGCAUCAGGAUUUACUGCAUUUCACUGGCAAAAGAGCAUGGCGAGGAACAGCACAACCAGAGGUUGAGCAGCCAGAUUCAUCGUAUUCCAGUGACCAAGCAGGGCAGCCACUAGCUACACAACGGAUAUCAAAGCAGCCUGUAACACCCUAUCCCAUUGGAAAAACAGAGCAACAAGGAAGGGCACGUCCAGAACGCGAACUUCCUGGUUUAUCUUAUGCCAUUUGCAAAACACUAUCACAAGAAGCAACACAAAUGGACUUAGGGGUACAAGAUUUAACGUAUGCCCUUGGUAAAACAGAUGAAAUGCAAACUGCGCAAGGUGGACUGGAACAUACAGGUUCAUUGUAUUCUUCUGACAAAAGAGAAGAAGAAAUGACGUUGCCAGCAUUGCAACAUCUGCAGCUGUCUUAUCCUGUUAGAGAAGUAGAGGAGGAAACUAUUUAUCAGAAAUCAAACUAUCCAGAUUUGUCAUAUUCUAUUGUUCAACAAAAGCACCAUGAAACUGAGCAACCAGAGGUGGAAGAAAUGGACUUAUCCUAUCCAACUGGCAAAUCAGAGCACUCACAACCUGCCCAAGACUUACUGCAACAGCCAGAGCUUAAGGAGUCCUUCAGCCAACUGGAGGAAAAAAGAAUGGCUCAGCCUGGCUUUUUGCACUCCAUUGGUGAAGAAAAGCAGAAACCAGCUUCACAAUUAGAAUUAGUGCAGCCAGGUUUAUCACAUUUGCUUGGUGAAAGAGAAAAACAGGAAAUGGCACGAGCAAGGUUCAUGCCUUCUGAUUUUUCAUAUUCCACAGGAAAAUCAGAGCAGUUGCAACCAGAACAGCUAAAAUCAAAACAUCUAGAUUUGUCUUAUUCUCUUGGCAAAGCACAGACUCAUGGAAUGAAGCCACCAGAUUUAUUGUAUUCCUAUGGCAAAGCAGAGCAGUCACAAACUGCCCAGCUGGAGCAUCUGCAGACAUUGCCUUUCACAGGUGAAACGGAGCGGGGGGAUGGGGCCCAAGCUGAACAGCAGUGCAUCAAUUUGCAGUCCUCCGUUGUUGAAACAGAGCAACCAGAAACACCUUCUGUAUCACAUACCUUUGGCAGGCCUGAGGAGCAGGGAACCACACAACUGGACUUUGAGCAAUCAGAUUUAUUAAUUCCUACUGACAAAGCAGAAAAGCAUGAUUUGGCCCUGCUGAGAGCAGGACGUUCAGAGAAGCGAGGCAGUGGGGCUACUUCAUCUCCAAUUGCUCAGAUGGAAACUGAACAACAAGAAUUAUCCUUUUCCACUGAGGAAGCAGAGAGUCAAAAAAUUCAACCAUAUUCCUCUCCUACUGAACAAACACUGUCUGUACCUGUGGGUGUUUCACAUUCUGUCUCUGAAACAAAAUCAGAAAGAGGUCCAAAGUCUCCACCUGUAACUGGAAGCCUGUUGCCCAAGCACUUAGAGUUAUCAGAGCAGUCAGAAACUUCCCAAUCUGAGUCAGGUUUCUUAGCAAGAAAAGAAGCAGAGAAUAAAAAAAGUCAUAUACAUUUGCCUGUGGCUGCACAGUCAGAGGCUGAACACAUAAUUUUACCUGAAACAGAGAGAGAACAGACUCCACAGUACUUCCACACAGCUAUACAAUUAGAAUCUGAACAAUUAAAUUUAUCAUAUUCUACAGAUAAAGCAGAAACUCUAGAAAGUCAAGAUUAUUUAUCUUUACCUUCAAAAACAGAGUUUGAAUCUUCAGUUCCAUUUUAUUCAGCUGAUGAAACAUGUCAGCAAGAAAUUCCACCUUAUUCAAAACCAGCCUCUGAGUAUUUGGUUCCCACAUUGUCCCUUGCUGAACAAGAAAAGCAAAGCAUGCAGGCUCAGUCUACACAAUCAGAGUGUAAACAUGUAAUUCCACCACAUGAUGAAAAAGAAUUGCAAAAAAUUCAGCUCCCUUCACCUAAAACAACAAGCUUGAAGACAGUGCAGUUAGAGAGUGUGUCUCUAAUGCAUACACAAGACCAAGACAAGCAAGAAUCUCAAGAUCAUUUGUUGGACACAAAAUAUUUGUCAUCAGAGCAGAGAAGAAAUCCCUCCAGAUUCACUACUGAGCAGGAUAACCAAGAAAUGCAACCUGAUGUGGGGACCAUGCCAAGGUCAGUGACCACAGAGUCAAAGAUGACUGCUGUAGCAGGCCAGCAAGCAGUGUCAUCAGAUUCAUUUUUACCUUUUCAUACAUUACCUGAACAGCCAGUAUCAGUGGCUUUCAUUGACAAUGAAGAGAAACAAAAUAUACCUUCAUCUUUGUCCGACAUAGUAGGCAUGUUUGGAAAGCAAUCUAACAUCGUUUCAGGCAUUUAUUUUAAAGGAGAGGAUAGGUGCAAAACGCAACAAGAUUUUGCAGAUCAAAACCAUACGUCCUUAGAGUCUGUGGGAGCUGUUUCAUCAGAUGUUGUUUAUGAAACUGUGACACACAAAACUCAGCAUCAUUCCAGUGAACAGGGCAGCCUUUCUUCAGCAGAGAUGAAGUCUGUUAUCUCUAGUUCUGAUCAAGAGGAGAAUCCAGAUAUUCCAUCUCUUGCGCUAGCCAGCUGGCUGACAGAAGAGGUGGAAGCUCGCUCAAUUAGUCCAAUAAGAGCUGCAGAAGCAAGCAGGCAAGGAGUUCAGCUUUCUGCAAGUGAAGCUUCUGAUUUUGGAUCGAAACAAUUCCCAGCUGGAAGCUUCACAGAACUUGCAGUUCAUGGUGCUACAAAAAAUAAAGAUCAUAUGUUUAGAGCUUCUGAUUCAGUGUCAAGUAAAAUUUCCCACGAGAUGUCCUCAGACUCCAGAAACAGAACACAAAGGUAUAAUUUACCAGCUCUGGUAGGAGAUAAUCCAGGUCCAGACAAAGUUUCAGAGCAUGAAACCAGCAGUGGAAAUCCUCAAAAAAUGGAAGCAACACAACAUCCAGAGGUAGACAAUGUGUCUGAAGUACCUGAACAUUACCUGAGAGGAGAAGAGGAAGAAAUGGAACAUGCGAGCGCUGUAGAAGGCACUCAGCAUGCUCCAGAGACUACUGAACAAAAAGAUAUAUUUAAUAUAAUAUCAGAAGGUUAUGAAAUACUCAAUAUUCAUGCUUCUACACAUAUUUUUUCUGUUGAUGAAGAAGAAAGUAAACACAUGGUAGAUAAACUAGAAUACUUGGAAACAAAUCCUUCAUAUAAAAGAAAAUCAGCUGAUGAUGGCCAUAGAGCCCUAGCUUCUGGAACAAUCACAGAAAUUUCAGAAAGCUCAUUGUUGGGAAAGCCUGCGAGUGAUGAACUAAAAGAAUUGAUCAAAAAUGAUGAUGUUGAGGAAACUGGAGAAACACAACAAGAAAAUCCUGUUUUGCCAGAAAAUGAUAAUAAUGUGGUGUUGGAUCCUAAUAAUGGUAUGGCCGAUAUGGAUUAUUUUGAAAAAUAUACAUUGAUUGAUGACAAAUCCCCAGUUAAGCCACAUUUUGAAAGACCAAGUUCAUUGUUUUCUGUGACAGAAGUUCCCCACGAACCUGUGGAAGAAGCCACAACUUUUAAAGAAAGCACCGAGGCAGAUACUUUGGAAGAGGAAUUCUCCUUACUUGAGGAUCUGGAUGAAGUCUUUUAUGGUACUGUGAAAGGAGAAAGCAAAAUGCAGUCCUACGCAGAUUCUCCAAAACCUUUACCUCUGCAGAAACCAAUUGAUAUUAGCAGUAAAAAGGUUACAAAUGUAGAAGAUGAACAGAAGUCACCAGGGACCCCACUGUUUGAUUCUGAAGAAGGAGUGCUAGAACGAUCUCUAUUGUUUCCUACCACUGUUGCUGCAGUUAAUCCAGAGCUUCUAGAGGAGCCACCUGCUCUGUCAUUUUUAUACAAGGACCUCUAUGCAGAAGCAGUAGGAGAAAAAACAAAGGAUGGGACUCCCUCUGAUGAAGAAAGUGGUAAUUCUAAUGCAUCUUUUCCUAGUAGAAAUUCAGACACAGAUGAUGGAACAGGAAUGUAUUUUGAAAAAUAUAUUCUUAAAGAUGAAAUUCCAAGUAAGGCCAUAGGGCCUCAAAAGUAUCAGAUACCGGAGGAUGAGUCCUUUACUGGAGGAAUUUCAGUUCAGAGUUCACAGGACAAACAAAAGCAGGGGUCUGGUGAUCUUCAAUGUGUCAGAACUGAGGUUCUGCCAGAAAGGGGUGUUGUGGAGAGAAAAAAAGUUCAGGUUGACUGUAACAUUCAAGCAACAAUUUGUAAACCAAUGCAUGCCAUUCCUUUUGGAAGCAAAGUCAUUCCUUCAGGUGCAGCAACUGAUACCACUGAACAAAGAGAAGAAGAAAAUGUACCUGUAGAAACAACUGAGGAGUUACCAGAUCAAUCAAGUCAACAAGCCUAUAGUCAACUAGUGGAUUACCAGAGAGCUGCUUAUCAAGAAGCUGGUAAUAAGCAGGAAGAACAGCAUGACAUAACAGCCGUUCCUCAAAUGGAAAAAUAUGUCCCAUAUGUCAGAACUCCUGUUGAAGACAGUGAAGAUGAUCAGUAUACUCAGGAAAAUCUUUCCUGUAUCCCUACCAUUCAGCAAACAGAGAAGCCAGACUUGCAAAGAGAAGAGCACCACUCUGAUAUUUAUGAAGAUCUUGCUGAGUCAAUGGACUAUGAUGUAAUUACACAAGAAGAACUCUUGCAAGAUGAAAUAUCAUCUCAAUUGACACAUGAGGAGCUGUUAUUUGAAGACAGGGACUCUUUUGAGCAUGCUGGUGAUAGUUAUGAAUUUGUUAAUGAGCCAGAGCAAAGAACACCUGUUGAGCUUGAAGAUUCAGGCUUUGUGGUUAUGUAUCCUGAAAAAUCAGCAACAAACAUUCCUCAAGUUGAGAGCCCACAAAGAGAACUGAAGAAAGCACAAGCAGACACAUAUUGUUACCACUGUAAGUGCCCAAUAUCUGCUAUUGACAAGCUUUUUGGAGAACAUAAAGACCAUGAAGUCACAACACUAGAUGAUGCUGCAAACAAGAUGAAGAAUCAGUUAAAUGAAUUACUAAUAGCAGUGGAAGAAAAGUCAAUGAAGAUUGAAGAGUUUGUAGGUGAUAUUGAAUUACUAUUUAACUCUGUUGAGGAAAACUGUAAGAAAAAUGCAGAGUUAUUGGAAAAGCAAAAUGAAGACAUGCUUAAGAAAGUGGUAGCACAAUAUGAUGAGAAAUCAGAGAACUUCGAGGAAGUAAAGAAGAUGAAAAUGGAGUACCUGUAUGAGCAGAUGGUUAACUUCCAGCAAACUGUUGAUUCAGCAAAGGAAACUUUGGAGACAACAGCAAAAGAAAUGGAAGAACUUGAUGGAUUUGUUUUCCUAAAUUCAUCGAAAGAAUUCAAUAAAAGAUUACUUUCUGCGAUGGACAAUACCCUCUCUUUAGAAAAGGUGCCCAGUGCUUUUUCACUGUUUGAGCACUAUGCGGACAGUCCAGGACAAAGUAACCAGCACUCCUUAAAACAUGUGGCUGUCCCACAGACACCGACUGUCAUACCUCAGGAACCAAACUCGGCCACCAGCACCUCCAUAGCUGUCUACUGGGCUGUGAAUGAUGGGGACGCCAUUGACUGCUUCCAGGUCUACUGUAUGGAGGAGCUGCAAGCCAGCAAAGAUGCAGGGGCUUUGGUGGAAGAAUACAGAGUGACGGUGAAGGAGAGCCACUGCAUUUUGGAGGACCUGGAGCCAGAUUGUUGCUACAGUGUGUGGGUCAUGGCUGUGAAUGGCACAGGCUGUAGCCUACCCAGUGAAAAAGCCAUUUUUAAAACAGCACCCACUGUCCCCACCAUCAAGGCCGAGGACUGCACAGUGUGUUGGGACAUGGCCACUGUCCGCUGGCAUGCUGGCUCGGCGUCGGCGGAGUCCUUCAUCCUGGAGUACUGUCGACAGCACUCGCCAGAAGGAGAGGGUCUCAGAUCUUUUGCUGGUAUAAAGAGACCUGAACUGAAAGUAUCCCUGGAGCCCAAUGUGAACUAUUUCUUCUACUUGAAGGCUGUCAACCCAUUUGGGACAAGUGAACAAAGUGAAGCAGCUCUCAUCUCAACUAAAGGAACUCGGUUUCACCUGCUGAGCAACACAGCCCAUCCCGCUUUGCAAAUCUCCUCCAAUGCAACAGUGAUCUGCCUUCCUGAGAAAACGAAAUUCAUGGGGUUUCCUUCAGUCCUGGGUGAACUGCUGCCUGCUAGGGGACGUCAUUACUGGGAAAUUGUUGUCACUGCCUGCAGAAGCUACAGGAUUGGGAUUUGCUACAAGGCAGUGCCACAGAGUAGUAUCUUGGGGCUGAGUGAUACCUCCUGGUGCAUGCUGUGCUGUCCUACACAGACCAGCUUUCUCUACAGAUUUCUUCACACCGGUGUGAUGAGUGAUGUCCAUGUGACAGAACACCCAACCAGGAUUGGCAUCCUGUUGGAUUACAGUGGUGGCAGGCUGUUGUUCUUCAAUGCAGAGAGAGAACUGGUGCUGUUUGCCAUCAGGCACAAAUUCACUGAUGCUGCUCACCCAGCCUUUGCCCUGGAGAAGGCUGGGAUGCUUACCCUGUGCACGGGAAUGGAGCUGCCAGAGUUCGUAAAGAACAGCUAAUCCCCUGCUUUAUGCCACAGAAAAACUGGCAGUUGCAGUGUCAGGGGACAGGGCGAGGAAGAGGGGUGCCCGGGAGGGUUGUCUAGUCUUCACUGAUGAAUGCUAUGCACGCAGCUCUCCCCCACAUCAUCAGUAAUUGUAGUUAAUGCUCAGCCACACAGUCAUCCUGAGCCUGGAGAAAAAAUUGACUCCUUCAGGUGGAGUGUGUGUCUAGUGAUGUACACAGGAGUACUUUUGAGGGGAAAAAUAAGUUUUGUUAGAUAUGAACAUUAAGAGGGGGGGAGAUUAUUUUCCCUGUAGAAAUGAUAGUGCUAGCUGUCUUUUUAAAGUUGAUGAUGAGCCUGUGUAUGAAAUAAAUGCAUUUCUCACUGCAAUACGUGACAGCCAUCAUUUCAUCAUUUACCAGGACAGUCAAAGCCUGAAUCCAACAUGAUAUGUUUGAAAAAUGUACAAAAAUUUCAACAACUGAACAUUCUGUAGGUUAAUACAUCUUGUGUUAUUGUUUGCCAACUCUUUUUAAAUGCACAAAUUGAGAAAACUUGAAAACUUAGAAAUCUGCACAUUUGCAAAAUAAGUGAAUCCCAGACUAGUCUUCAUAUCUGUCAUGUAAAG